AUGAAGGACUGCAAGUCAAUAGCAAUUCCACUUGUGGUGAAUGAGAAACUGUGCAAAGAAGAUGGAAGUGAAGCAGCAAGUGAGAGUGAAUAUCAACAGAUAGUAGGGAGCUUGCUCUAUUUGACUGCCACAAGACCAGAUGUAAUGUUUGCAUCUAGCCUGCUUGCUAGAUUCAUGCACAAUCCCACAAGGAAACACAUGGGAAUUGCCAAAAGAGUGCUGAGAUACAUACAAGGCACUGUUGAUUUUGGCAUUGAGUUUGUGAAAGGGAAAACAACUACUCUAAUAGGGUAUUGUGACAGUGAUUGGGCAGGAAGUGAGGAUGAUAUGAGAAGCACCUCAGGAUACGCUUUCACACUAGGCUCAGGCAUGUUUUCUUGGGCUUCCAUCAAGCAAAACACAGUGGCUUUGUCCACAGCAGAAGUUGAGUAUGUGAGUGCUGCAGAAGCUACUUCACAGGCUAAGUGGCUAAGAUUUGUGCUUGAGGAUUUUGGUGAAGAACAAGUAGAAGCUAACACUGAUGAUGCUGAAACAUGGCAUUCACAAGGAAAGAGUGUCAUCUUGGUAAGGACAGAAACCAGUCCAGAAGAUGUUAGAGGUAUGCAUGCAGCUGCUGGGAUCUUGACAGCUAGAGGUGGCAUGACAUCUCAUGCAGCUGUUGUGGCCCGGGGAUGGGGUAAAUGUUGUGUUUCUGGCUGCUCUGACAUCAUCAGAGUCAAUGACACUGAGAAGGUGGCUGUGAUCGGGAACACGGUCAUUAACGAAGGAGAAUGGCUUUCACUCAAUGGAUCCACCGGUGAAGUCAUAUUGGGAAAACAGCCACUUUUUCCUCCGGCUUUAAGUGUUGAUUUGGAAACCUUUAUGUCUUGGGCUGAUAAAGUCAGGCGCCUCAAGGUUAUGGCAAACUCUGACACGCCUGAAGAUGCACUCACAGCAAGAAAUAACGGUGCCCAAGGGAUUGGACUAUGCAGGACAGAGCACAUUUUCUUUGCUUCAGAUGACAGAAUUAAGGCGGUAAGAAGAAUGAUCAUGGCGGCUACAACUGAACAGAGGAAGGCAGCAUUGAACCUCUUACUACCGUAUCAAAGGUCUGACUUUGAAGGAAUUUUUCGUGCAAUGGAUGGUCUUCCAGUAACAAUCCGCCUGUUAGAUCCUCCACUUCAUGAAUUUCUUCCAGAAGGUGACUUAGAGCAGAUUGUCGGGGAACUAACUGCAGAGACUGGCAUGACUGAGGAUGAAGUUUUCUCAAGAAUUGAGAAAUUAUCAGAAGUAAACCCCAUGCUUGGUUUCCGAGGCUGCAGGCUAGGGAUAUCGUACCCAGAACUCACUGAAAUGCAGGCUCGUGCCAUCUUUCAGGCUGCAGUCUCAAUGAGAAACCAGGGUGUCAAAGUUUUCCCUGAGAUAAUGGUUCCCCUUGUUGGAACACCUCAGGAACUACGGCAUCAAGUCAGCCUAAUUCGAAGUGUUGCAAACAAAGUGUUCUCUGAGAUGGGUACUACCUUGAGCUAUAAAGUUGGCACUAUGAUUGAGAUCCCUAGAGCUGCUCUGGUUGCAGAUGAGAUUGCGAAGGAAGCUGAGUUCUUCUCAUUCGGGACCAACGAUCUCACACAAAUGACCUUUGGAUACAGCAGAGAUGAUGUGGGAAAGUUUCUACCCAUUUACCUGUCCAAAGGCCUUCUUCAAAAUGAUCCAUUUGAGGUACUUGAUCAAAGUGGUGUAGGGCAGCUCAUCAAGAUGGCCACCGAAAAGGGUCGUGCUGCAAGGCCUAGCUUGAAGGUUGGAAUAUGUGGAGAGCAUGGUGGGGAGCCUUCUUCUGUUGCAUUUUUCGCAGAGGCGGGACUAGACUAUGUUUCGUGUUCUCCAUUCAGGGUACCUAUUGCUAGGCUAGCAGCAGCUCAAGUUGCUGUCUGAGAAAGAUUGCAUGGUUGGUGACUGUGCGAUUGUAAAUAAAUGCGGUUUACUUGUAAUUCAUACAAAGCCAUGAUCAUUAUAGAAACCAAAACAGGGAACAAAUAAAGUAGGCAAAUGUGAAUAAUUCUUAAGCUUCAACAUUUGGCAUAAGUUGUUUGUUAUAUUGAACAACUUGUGACUUGGUAUAACUGCACAAGUUGCAUUCCA